AUGGCUGACAUUGAAGUUGCAACACGAGCACCUGAGAGCGAUGCACAGGAGGCAUCGACUGCGCAGACUGCAGGUCAGACGGAAGGAGCUCCGCAGAGCCUCUUCCUGGGCGAUACUCCUGCGCAGACAGGGCCAACUAUGGGCGAGCACUGCACUACAGACCGGCCAACUCCUGCUGGUGAAGUGCCUACGGGAGAAGUCACAAAACUUGGCGGUGUCGAGUGCUACAUCACGAAACCCUCCGACUACCCUCAUGCUCCCUCGAAGCUUCUCCUACUGCUUACUGGUGGCACUGGAAUCAAGUCCACGAACAACCAGCUCCAAGCCGACAAAUAUGCCUCGGAAGGCUACCUCGUGGUCAUGCCCGACCAGUUCGACGGCGAGCCGGCUACGAGCACAGUCACCAUGGACGAAGUUACGGAGAAGACAUCGUGGCUUGACACCAUCAAGCUGAGAGCAGCUGAGGGAAUCAAGGCAUUCACAAUUGAUAUGUGGCUUGCGAGACACACACCAGAGAAGGUCCUACCGAUCUUGCACAAGGUCGUCGAGGGCGCCAAGGAGGAGUUCGCAGAUGCAGUCGCAAACGGAGGCGGCGUGUACGGCGUGGGAUACUGCUUUGGCGCCAAAUACGUCCUCAUGUUGGCUGGUGAGCUCCCCGACACAGUUGCUUGGGGACAGGCACCUGCAGAAGAUGAGGAACAGGGCGCAGCGAAGAAGGCGCCAGUCCUGAAGGCAGGCGCUGUCGCACACGGAACGAUGGUCUCGAAAGAGGACCUCGAAGCUGUACGGUCUCCUGUUUACAUUGCUGCUGUCAAGGACGACCCGCUGUUCCCAGAGGACGAGGUUCUUACACCUGGCCGGCGGGCAAUGGAGACCAACAAAGUAGAACACGAGGUCAAGGUCUAUGAAGGGGUGCCACACGGCUUUGCGGUGUACGGAGAUUACGAAGACUCGAAGAUCAAGCACGAGCAAUCACAGGCCUUCGGGGAGAUGUUGUCGUGGAUACAAGGCCACUAA